CCGCUGCCGCCGCCCGCCCGGGGGGGCGGGAGCCCUGGUGGGCGGGGGGCGGGGGGCGUGGUCUGCGCGAGGGCGGGGCGGGUGGAAGGCGUGGUCUCUAAGGACGUGGGCGGGUCCAAGACCGAGCCAGAAUGCUUGGCCUGUGGGGCGGGGCCUCGGUGACGGGGCGGAGCCGCCGGGGGCGGGGCGGGCCUACGGGGGCGGAGUCUACAGGGGUGAGAGACUGGGCGCGCGGCCAGGCUUCCAGGGGACGAGGGUAGAAAGAAAUGAGGGGCGGGGCCUCAUCCGGAGGCGGGGCCUGCGCGGCGGAUAUGGGGGGGCGGAGCCUCCGGACCCGGGACAAGACUUCCGCUGCCCGCGCGGAGGUGGUCGGGGACUCCGGCGGUGGAAUCCUUCCAGAUACCCCGCCCAGUCCUCUCCUUUCUGCUCCUGCUGAGUCCCACCCGUGGAGGCUUCCGGAGCAGGGAGGAGGAGUGGAGAGCCGCCCUGGGAGGAGGCAGCCGAUUGUCCUCAACUGGCCCCUGUGUGCCUUCCAAGAAGUCAUGAGACGGGACGUGGGGGCCUCACAGCCGAAAGCCCUUGGUGCCAGGAGAGACGAGACCAGACCCGGUGCUCGUGGUCAAGUGUCUAGUGGACGGACUCAGCCUGGGCCCGGGGUGCCCUCCCCCUCCCCAGCCCGUGCUCCUCCUGCUUUCCUGUCCUCAGUGGGCCUGCUGGCGAGCCGCCCCGGGGGCUUCUUCCUCACCUGCCAGGGAUCAACUCACCCCACACACGCUGCCCGGGGGGAGACGAGGCCCAUACACACACCUGUCCCCAUCCUGUCAUGCUGCACGGGAGUCAAGUUCACGUCUGUCCCACGGCCCCCACCCCGGAGCUCCUGGAUAGAAAGGACCACAGCUGGCCAUCGGCAGGGUGCACUUCUGAUUGCCCCCUGCACUGGGCACAUGCUAGGCUUGGGGACACAGUGUCCAGGGCAGGAGAGAGGAGGCUCCAGGAAGUCCAGGUGUGGUGGCCCAGCAGGGCCACUUCAGGAACCACACCCAGGAGGCUGGGCAGAUCUGUUCCAGAAGAGCCCUUGGCUGUGCGGAGGAGGGGACAACAAAGGGCAGUGGCAGUCAUGCACGGAAUGCGGACAGUGAAUCUGGGGGCCUGCGGUCAGCGGUGUGGGCCAGGGAGGGGUGCGGACCCCAAAACAAGAACCAAGGGGGCAGGCACGACCAGAGAAGGACAGACCCAUGUGGAACCCAGAGGGUUUGGGCAGAUGAGGGGUCACCAGGGAGAUGGACGCGGGUCUCGGGGCCCCCAACCCAGCUCGACUCACACCCGCCCCCACCUGAAAUGCUCCGGCUCCAGGCCCCCUCCUGAGGCCCUCCCUGACCUUCCUGGGGGAAAGCCGCCCCUUCCCUGAACAUCCACAAAACCGACCGGCUGCACCUCUGUGUUUUGGAAUUCAUUACGGUCAGUGCACAGGGGAAAUACGUCAAAUGAAGCAUAAUGUUUUUACCCAGAACACAUGAAAUUAAUUAAAUAGAGUACAUGGCUACUAAAUAGAACUUGUAUUAAUUAGGGAUAUUGUUACCAAAUAGAACAUGCAGUAAUUAGAUAGACCACAUCGUUACCGAACAGAACAUACACUAAUUAACCAGAGCACAUUGUUCCUGCAUGAAACGUACUCGAUUCUUCCUGGGGCUCCAGGGAGGAUCGCGCUGGUGGCCAGGGACAGGGAGGCCCCACAGGCAGGCCAGCCUUGGGCAAGUCCACAAAGCAGGAAAGGGGGUCCCCCGCGUGGUGUGAACAUUGCCCUCUUGUACUUUGAAAGUCGCCCUCGACUUUGAAAUGUCUCUUCCUAUUUGGGGGAGAUGUAGCUUAGGAGAGUGCCUCCCUUCCUCGGAAAAUGAACAUGAGAUAAAUCAGAAAGCAUCAUCUCAAAAUAGGAAAACGACAGUGAAUACAUUGCAGGCCUCCCCGGCCUCCCCAUCCUCAGCCCACACGUGCCCAUUUACAGGUGUCUCGGAGACUGAGCCCAGGAGACAGGUGGCGGCCGCGGACGUAGCCCUGCCCAGUGUCCUUGAGAGUGUGGCACCCCAACCUGGCCUCCAGCCCUCCCUGCGGCCCCU